AUGGUGACGCUUUCGCUUUCUAUCUACAAGACGUUGCCUUUCGUGAUCGUGCUGCUUUUGCCUGUGUCCGGUUUGAGUUGGUUUGAGCCGUUCAAGAAGAGUUCACAGCCUGCUGCCUACGGAAAUCGUGGCGCUGGCGUUGCGCAGCUGGGAGAAGAGGGUAGUUCCUCCAUGCUCUCACAGCCUCCUCUGAAGCGCGGCCUCGUGUUCCAAUUGACAGAGUUAUUGGCGGUGUUUGUUCUACUCCACGAGGUCACCUCUGUCACGUUCAUCCCUGGUUCCCUAAUUGAGUCCAUCUCUUGCAACAGCUUCGUGCCGCAAAUGCUCGCACUUGGAGCUGUCGCUUGUUACUCGGGGCUGUUUGUGGUGCUCUACUACUUGCUCGCCGCCUACCACGGUAACACCCGCGCACUGGAACUUCUGGAAGAGUACGGCUUCGACCUGGCGGCUCUGGACAAGUUUGGACGCGUGCGGUUCUCGACAGGAAGUUUCUUCUCGUACUUCUUUCGAUUCUUAGCCAAACGUCCGAGUAAUAGCGACGAUGACAAGUCAGUGUCGAUCUUCCACUCAACGCUCGUCACGCCACUCCAUUGUGCUGUCGCCACGGGACAACUGGAAACGGUACGAUGGCUACUCGAGCGAAGAGUACCGCCGGGAACCCUGGCUCAAGCCUCGUUCCGAUCCAACCGCGUGCCCCCACUGUUUCUAGCUGAACACGUAGAAGUCGCUCGCGAGCUGCUGUUGCACGGCGCCGACCCGCUUGUGAUCCCUGAUCCAGGCGCCAUGAACACCAUGACGCCACUUCAAUUGGCGUAUAUUCGAGGCAACUCAGCCGUGGCACAGAAACUAGAAGAAUGGCGAAGCGACGUCGCUCUCACGCCAUUACACUUGGCUGCCGCUCGCAACGAUGUGGCAGCUAUACGCAAAUUCAUCGCACGGAAGACAGAUGUGGACUGUCUGGGGGAAAUGGGCUACGUGGGAGUCAACCGACGGACACCACUGCACUGGGCUGCUAUCAGUGGAGCCACAGACGCUGUGGACGCCUUGUUGGAAGGAGGAGCUGACCCGAACUUCCAGGAUGUGCGUGGUCGGUCACCGUUGCAUUGGGCGGCGAAGCUCAACAAGUUGGAGGCUGCUUCGAGCCAACGCAGACCCGAACUUGGCCGACGGGGAGUUCAUGACGCUGUUGUCUUGGUGGGGAAUUGGAAAGUGAAUUGA